UCACUGCGUGGGAAGUGCUGAAAUUUCAUAGCGUCACAGCUUUCGACACCAUCGCGGCAGCUCGGCUUCAGACUGAGCUUAGAUUGUUCUGUGUACUGAGGCAGCCUGAGGAUCGGAAGGAGUUCAUGUGAGAUACUUAAAGCUAAAGGAGAACGCGGUCGCUACGUAUAACGGCUCAGAUCGCUCAUCGGUGCCCUGUUUAUUCAUCUACAAGAUCUGUCAUCUACCACUUUAGCGGCUAACAGAGCUAGCUUAGCGCUAGUGUGGGCCAUUAGCAGCCACUUUUGGCUCACGUCGCUGGGGUAGCAAUCCCCCUGAUUUACACGCAAAAGUCAACUAAAUGAUUAUGGAGAGGAAGAGGAUCGACUGCCCGGCUCUGCCCCCGGGCUGGAAGAAAGAAGAGGUGAUCCGGAAGUCGGGACUCAGCGCUGGCAAGAGUGAUGUCUAUUACUACAGUCCAUCAGGGAAGAAGUUCAGAAGCAAACCUCAGCUGUCGCGAUACCUCGGCAACACGGUGGACCUAGGAUGCUUCGACUUCCGCACGGGAAAGAUGAUGCCCAGCAAAAUACAGAAAAACAAACAGAGGCUUCGCAGCGAACAUCUCAGUCUGUCCAAGGGAAAACCAGACCUGAACACAGCACUUCCCAUCCGACAGACGGCCUCCAUCUUCAAACAGCCCGUCACCAAAGUGGUCAACCAUCCCAACAACAAAGUCAAGACAGAUCUACAGCGAGCAACCGAACAGCCUCGGCAGCUGUUCUGGGAGAGGAGGUUGAAAGGUUUGAGGUCGUCGGACGUCACAGAAGAGGUUCUCAGGACUAUGGAGCUUCCUAAAGGUUUACAAAGUGUAGGUCCGGAUUCGUCGGACGAGACGUUGCUGUCGGCCAUAGCCAGCGCUCUACACAUGAGUUCAGGCCCCAUCACGGGUCAGACGUCCACCGCAGCAGAGAAAAACCCCGCUAUCUGGCUCAACACCUCCCAGCCACUCUGCAAAUCCUUCAUCGUCACUGACGAGGAUAUCAGGGAGCAGGAACUGAAGGUAUACCAGGCCAGGAGGAGUCUGGAGGAGGCUCUGAUGGCUGACGGUUUGGCGCGGGGCCGCCGAAUCUGCCAGAGACGUGGAGGGCAGAGCGGCGUAGAGACUCCAGCAGAAUGCACUGAAUUCAGGCCACACCCCCUUGACGACCCUUCCCCUCAGAGAUGAUGUCAUCAGUCUGCGCCCGGACCCGGACCCGUCCCCGGACCCGUCCCGCAGACCCAAGCACACUUUACACACCCACGGACGAACAGCUUCAACCAAGGCCUUUUCUUUCUUUUUUUUUUUUUUUUUUUUUUUUUUUUUUUUAAAUCUAGAGCAUAUAUUUUUGUGUACAUAUCUAUAUGAUUCAGAACAAUGCUUAUUUUGUCCAAAAAAAAAACAAACAUCUGAAACAUUUUUUUUCUACAGGAAAACAGUGAGCAAUACUUCUGAAAAACUGAGUCAGGUUGCAAUCUGCUGGAUUUGUAUUGCUAACUUUUUUUUUUCGGUCUCCGACAGUUGUAAGGGAUUCGUUCUUUUUCAGGGUUUGUAACAAAUAAUGCAUUUACAUACUUAUUAAUGAGAACUUGCUUAUUUAAGAGAAAUAAUUUUAUACCUUGGAAUAAAAAAUACUUGUACAUUUUGCGCAUCAUAUUAGAAUAAAUAAAUAAAUAAUAAUGUUCACA